AUGGCUCCUACAUCUCUUUUCUACACACUCUUCUCCUCCCUCACCGUUGCCCUCGCAGCAUCCGUCCCUCAAACCGACUAUGAGGUGAUUGUCGUGGGAGGUGGCCCCGCAGGUCUCACUGCGCUUAGCGGUUUAUCCCGCGUAAGACGCAAGACGGCUCUCUUCGACUCCCACGAGUAUCGCAACGCUGCGACCCGGAACAUGCACGAUGUGAUCGGCAAUGAUGGCACUGUACCCAGCGAAUUCCGCGGUCUGGCCCGCGAGCAGAUCUCUCGGUACGACACCGCCACCUUCAUCGACAAGAGAGUCAACACCAUCGAGACUGUCUCUGACGAGGCCUCCAACACCUCGUACUUCCGCGCCCAAGACGCUGACGGCAAGGCAUACACCGCCCGCAAAGUCGUCCUGGGCACGGGUCUCGUAGAUAUCCUUCCCGAUGUACCGGGUCUCCAAGAAGCCUGGGGUAAGGGCGUGUACUGGUGCCCGUGGUGCGACGGGUACGAGCACCGGGACCAGCCAUUCGGUAUCCUGGGUGCGCUCCCUGAUGUCGUCGGCAGCGUGUUGGAAGUAUACACCCUGAACACAGACAUUAUUGCUUUCGUGAACGGUACGCAGACGCCGGACCAGGAGGCCCAGUUGGCGAAGAAAUAUCCAAACUGGGAAGCACAGCUGGAGGCGUACAACGUGCGUCUGGAGAACGAAACAAUCGCAUCCUUCGAGCGUAUCCAGGACGGCAGCCAGGUGAAGGACAGGAAUGGUACCAGGCAGAUUGAUAUCUUCCGUGUUCAUUUCGCCAAUGGCUCAUCUGUUGAUCGUAAUGCUUUCAUCACCAACUACCCCAGUGAGCAGCGGUCAGAUCUUCCCAAACAGCUGGGUCUGGCUAUGCUCGGCAACAAGAUCGAUGCCACUACUAACCCUGGUAUGAGGACUAGUGUGCCUGGUGUCUUUGCUGUUGGCGACUGCAACAGUGAUAACAGCACCAAUGUGCCUCAUGCUAUGUUCAGUGGUAAGAAGGCUGCUGUCUUUGCUCAUGUCGAAAUGGCCAAGGAGGAGUCUAACGCGGCCAUUGACAAGCGUGAGGACUCCGUGGAGGAGAUUGAAAAGCGCAUGGGCAAUGAUAUGGAGAAGAUCUACAACCGGGCCAGAGGACUGUGA